AUGGGACGAAGGAAGAUUGAAAUCAAGAAAAUCGACAACAAAGCCUACCUAAAGGCCACCUUUUCGAAGCGGCGAAAGGGUUUGUUCCGAAAAGCUGCUGAGCUUUGUGAUAUGUGCGGUGCCGAGAUCGCCAUUCUUACCGUUUCACCGGGUGGCAAGUUCUACAAUUUUGGUCACCCGAACGUUGAUUCCAUCAUAGCUCGGUAUUGUGGUGGUGAGACUUCAUGUAUACUUCAUGAAAAUCAUGAUUGUGUGAGUCAUGAAGAUGAUGAUGAAGAUUUAGAAGGCGAGCAAGAGAAGGAAGAGGAUAUUACCGAUGAUGUCGAUGAGGUUGAGCCUAUCCAUGAGGAGGAGCCUAUCCACAAGGCCGGCGAGGAGAAGGAGCUUAUUGACCUUAUCAAUAGAGAAGGAGAUGGGACGAUGCGCUUAUCAAUAGACUUCUCCCGCAAGUUUUGGUGGAAUGAGGAGGAGCCUAUUGAUCCAGAACAACGUGAGAUGUACAUUCAUAGCCUAAUGGAAUUGAGAAACAAUGUGAUUUGGGUGUUGAAUGAUAGGAACAGGAGAGAAUCAUACGUUAAGGACUAUAUGGGUGGGGAUAUAAGUUAUGAUAUGGUAACCCUAAAAUAG